CAAGUAUUGUAUUAUCAGAUGAGUGAUAUGCGUGUGAUAGCAAUGGAGAGACAAGAAAGAAAUAGGACUGAUAAGAGCACCAUAUAAUUAUAGCAACAAAAUCAAAGGACACAUCACCAAAGUGGAAACAUGUAUAAAGUUAUUUGUUCAGCAAUUGUCCUUUGCUUGGUGCUACAAACUCACACUACUUUACCACCAUGCUCUGGACUGCUGAGAUACAGUGAAAAAGCCAUGGAACACAUAUUUCAGGCUCAAAUAUUUCAGCUUCAAGAUUCGUUGAGCAAUAUUGCUGUCACUGACGUUCUUCCAUCUGCUACACUGGAUAUUAAAGAGAUUAAUAUACAGACAGCUGAUAUUCUACAGAUCUCAACACAGCUCAUCCCCAGCUUUGGAGUACAUGUGUCUGUAAAUGCUGACCUGAACCUCACGGCCAAAGUAGUUGAUGAAGUGGUUGACAUGAGAGUUUUGGCAGAAAUUAUUUCUAAGGUUCAGAUAUUACAAGAUUUCUCUGGCAAUCCCAAACUGAGCAUCAAAUCAUGUAAUGCACAAAUAAAAGAAUUACAGGUGACUCCGGAGACAACCAGACUGGAAGCGCUAAAGACACAAAUAGCCAUCAUCUUAAAUCAAAAGCUCUGCCUGAUUUCCUCAGAUGUGCUACUGGGACUCAAUGUCCAUCUUGGCGAAUUUAAUGGUUUUGUCAAUAUGGGAGCCCUGAUCCAAAUUAAAUACUUUCUCUCCAGUUCCCCCACGGUCACAUCUCAUCAGAUUGAGUUUGGAUUUAAUGUGGACUUUUAUUUGUUAGGAAAACCCCUUGAUAUCUCUGCCCGAAGAAAGUGUGUGCCACUUCCCACACUGACCAGUACUGGUAUCUCUGAGUAUAGCUUGCUGCUUCCCGAGGACCUAUUUAAUGCUAUGUUUUCCGCCAUGGAAUGGGCGGGAGCUUUCAACUUGGACAUUUCUGGACAUCAGGGAGAAGGCACAAACAAACUAACAACGGGAACACUGAGAUCAGUGAAUCCAGAGAUUCCAGAGAUUUAUCCUGAGAAUCUUCCAAUAAUUCUGAAAGUAGGGAUGAACAGGACCCCACGUGUCACUUUGCAUAAGGACAUGUUUAUGCUGUACCUGCAGCCUUCAGUGGAGUUGAUGGUGAUGAUGCCACAAGAUAAGCCCUAUGAGUCUCUGUUAGUCGUGAGCAUGGAUGCACAGAUGAAGAUCAGUGUUAAAAUCAAAGAGAGUAAACUAGCAACAGAAUAUGUGCUGCUUAAUCGGGAAGUGAAACUAUCAUUAGAAACAUCUGCAUUUGGCUCAAUCAACCUUGAGGAACUGGAAAAAAUAAUUGUUCCUCUCCUUAAAGAUGCCUUGGCUUUCCAUUAUAAAAAUGCUCUGGGGGUUGGAUGGACUAUGCCCAACUUGUUCUCUCUAAAAAUAUUAAAUCCUUUUCUGAGCAUAAAUGAGGGGUAUGCUGUGGUUUCUGGAAAUCUUCUGAUCCCUGUUUAACUAAUUUCAUUGGAAUUCAGUUUGACUAAAAAAUUAUAUUGGUGCAAUAAAUAAAAACAUUUAUUUCUGAUCCGACCUGCACUUCUUUAAAUGCAAACCAAGAGCAAUAUGUCAUUGUUUAAGAACAGCAGAUUUACGUAGUGGCUAUAUCUGUCCUAAAGGCACUGUAGAAUUUUAAUGCAUGGGUGUUCAUUAAAAUUCUCAGUAUUGAUGUGCCAAAUACAAAAUCUAAAAAUGUUUUGU